AGAAUGAAUUCAGCAAACCUACAUCAGUGGUGUGCAUUGAAAUAUCGUUUUCGAAAUAUGUUUUUAUAUUGUCAGACACGGCUGUUAUAAAAUAUACAGCAAAUUCCUGGGGAUCAUCAACUUCUUGGAUAUUGAUGGUUAUUUAUUGAACACUGUUUUUGGUAGAACUUUGGAAUCAAGUUGUGUAUUGUAAGAAAUACGUGACAUUUAAAAAAAAUGAGGGGUGUAGCUGGCGAAAUGACGACUUCUUCUGCACAAAAUGAAGUUCAUCCUUCAAUAGGACAGCAGCCUCCGAUGGUACAGCCUUUGUCUCCAGUUAAGGACUGGCAACAUCAUACUAUGUUACCUAAUCAAACACCGAUGGAGCAAGAUACAAGAAAUGAUUCCGGAGUGCCAUCUUCUCCGGAAAGCGAUAGAAGUGAAGGCCUGCGUUUCUCAGUAGCGACUACAAGUCAACCAACCACGUUCAUGCCCACCACGGCAUACUACUCCAACCCUAUGAUCAGCCAAGAACAAUUUCCUCAGCACCAGGAUAGCCCGCUUCACAUGACGUCCAAUAUGGAUCACACACCAAUACCAUCGCCCAGUUCAGAAUCGAUGACAUCACCAAAAGUCGCCGGAACUGAGGAAGAGAAUUCUAUCCCACCAGUACAAAUGACAAAGGACAAUUUGUCUUCAAACCCAAGCGAAUGCCCUACCAAAGAAGAUGCGUUCAAGACGAAAAAAUACGACAAUGACAUGGAAAAAUAUGACAAAGAAUUGGGGAUCCCACAGAAAAACUCUAACGGAAAAGUGAAAACCCACAAAUGUAAGCAUUGUCCUUUUGUUGCCACAACCAAAUUGGAUUUCUGGAAACACAUCAAAACACAUAUGAAAGACGACAGGAUCCUUAAAUGUCCCAAAUGUCCGUUUGUUACAGAGCUCAAGCACCACCUGAAAUAUCAUAUGCGGAACCAUGAUGGCUCCAAGCCCUAUAAGUGCUCACAAUGCGACUAUAGCUGCAUCAAUAACUCGAUGCUGAACUCUCACAAAAAAUCGCAUUCCAACAUCUACCAAUUUCGUUGUGCGGACUGCGAGUACGCUACUAAGUACUGCCACUCCCUCAAACUUCAUUUGCGUAAGCUCAAACAUAGCCCAGCAAUGGUUCGGAAUGCAGACGGUACUCCAAAUCCUUGGCAGGUUAUUGAUGUUUAUGGUACCAGACGAGGACCUAAGUUGAAACCGCAAAGUCACCGCACUGAAACUACUACUUCCAAUCCUAAGCCAAUAAUACCCUUUCCUUUCAACCCAUUGAUGCCUUAUUCAACUCCUUCAGUUCAGGACCUGUUUCCUGCUCUUUUUCCAAUUUUUCCUGAUCUUCAGGAUCCGAGAGUGUUGGAGAACUUGAAGAGACUAGUAUAUGAGAGUCCAGGAGCAGCUUCAGAGCCGAGCACUUCUCAAACCACAAUCCAGGCCGAACCUCACGCUUCACGAGUAACCGAAAAUGAAGUUUCAGAACUGAAUAUGUCCUUCACGGUCGAGCCACCGUCAAAUGAUGAAUCUUCGAAGGAUGAAGAAGAUGAUGAUGAAUGUUUCACCACUAUGUUCGAAAAUGUAGAAGCAGUUCUAGGUAUGAAUCCUGAAGAUGAUAUCAACACAGUAAUCAAUGAUGGUAACCAAAACAGUUGUCAGUUUUGCAGUCUCACCUUUGGAGAUCCAAUAAUGUAUACCAUCCAUAUGGGUUAUCAUGGCUUCAAUAACCCGUUUACGUGCAAUAAGUGUGGCGAAGAAUGCGGAGAUAGGCUUGCUUUCUAUGUACAUAUUUCACGACAAUCCCAUAUGUAGUUGCCAACAUUUAUUGAGACUGUAAACACUCAAAAAAGACGAUUUUGAUAUCUUGAUUUUUUUUUCUCAUUCCAGUUGAGUUCGUUUACAAUUGUGCAAUUUUAUUUCUAAUGUACGGAAUUGGUACGAGCUAUAAUAAUUAUAUUAUUAACUUUGCCAUGUCUUAUAUAGUAUUUGUAUGUAAUUUUUUAAUUUAUUUUUAAAUCAUAUACGUUCAUUGAAAUAUAUUUUGAUA